AUUCAGGUAAAUCCCAAGUGAAGCACUUCAGUCACAAAUCGUGUGCAGGUAAAGCAUGUUCAGAUUUUGCUGCUUUUGUGUAUCUGGCUGGUUGCAAGAUCGUCGCACUGCAAGCCAAACAUCAAAUUUCCUGAAAUUUCUUCUUCACCAAGUUACUUCAAAUAAAUUUUAGGUAUGGAAGCUGAUUAUCUGAUUUUUUUUCCUAUAUGCAUAUAUACGCACAUAUUCUUUCUAUGGGAAAGAGAAACAUCUGGCAUAACGGUUGCUGAUAUGUAAAUAUUGAACAUACAUUUUUAUAAUGAUUGACUAUGGGAGAGUCUCCCAUUUUGCAAAAGUCGUCACGAUGAGUUUUUGAGUACAUAUGUAUCUUACUAUUCGUAUAUUACGUUGCUGUGACGCACUACAGAAAUACCUCUGAUCCCAAGUUCAUACGGCAGUUUUUGUUAACCUCGGUCCGUUGGAUCAUCUGUUUACUGGAAAAUCAGACCGGCAUGGAUGAUCACAGCACCUUGCCUAACUCGAUAACCCAAAGGGGCUCUGAGCAACCAGCCCAGCCUACAGCGGGUCCCAGUCAAGUAGACGGAGUGGAUGGAACAGCAGAAAAUGAAGAGCAGACCGAGGACACUUUCAUGGACUUGGAAGACGAGAUGUUCUUCAAAGACAGACGGAGAGCGAAGUCUCUGCCUGCUUACCCAGAACAAGCCACUCUCUUUAAUGAAAUUUCGCAAAGCUGCCGAAAGAAAGUUAAGUUCGCAGACGCGCUGGGACUCAGCCUGGCCAGCGUGAAGCACUUCAGCGCCACUGAAGACCCAAAGAUCCCCUCCAAGGUCUUCUCCAGGCUGCAAAACUUCGCCCGUGAACCUGACAAAGACCUGCGGGACGUGUGCGAGAAACUGGGCUCCACCUUGACCAUGGAUCGCUUGGUGCCCACUUUCAAGAUGCCAGCGGAGUGUAAGGAUUUUGAGAGCCUUGUGAAGCAGCGACAGGUGUCGCUGGAAAAGGUGACCGUCACGAUGUUUGACGUGAAGGGGCUAAUCAAGGUGUCUGCUGGUGCUGGAUAUAAGAAGGAAGUCGGGGUGAGGUACACCUUCAACGACUGGCUGUCCUUUGUGGAUGCACAGGCCAUAGCAGUGCCAGUGGAGGACUCGGCUGGCACCUACCAGCGCUUCUCCUUCACCAUGUACACGCCCCCCUUUUUGGAGGCCGGCUCCUCGGUGCACUUUGCGGUUUAUUCAAAGACUGAUCAGGGUGAGUUCUGGGACAACAACGAGGGGCACAACUACACCUUGAAGUAUCACUGCACCACCAGCAAUGAAACGGCAGCAUUCAAUGCUACCUAAGGGAAAGGCGUUCCAUAAACGUAUAUCCUCUGAAAUAAAAGCAAGUGGUAUGUGCGGUUGUGUUAUCCUGAGCUACUCCUAUCAAAAAUGCAAAAAAAAUAUCUGCUGCAAGGUGUGUGUUGCGACACGAAUUGAAAUAUAAAACCGAAAAGAAUGGAAAUUUAAAUGACGAAAGUAUAUAUUCAUUUAGGGUUGCCUUUUAAUGCUGGAAGAACAAGGCAUUACAUACAACUAGAUAUGUGAUAUUUUAUUGCCUGAUGAGUGAUUUUCAUCUGUUCCCCGGUUCCUAAUGCUUGCAUAUCGAAUUCUAUUCAUCAAGAGAAAUAAAUGCUUCAGUUAUAUUCACGCAAGUGAGUUUGGGCUGUUUUAAUUAAUCACGUCAAAGUAAAGGAGACGUUACUCUGUUUUUGGGCUUAAAGCGCAGCUUGUCACCCUAGAACUGGCCAGAUCUAUUCCCACUGCCAGUUUACUGGGGGUUUAAUUUACACUUAAAAGAAGAUAAAGAUUACAAAGUAAUCAAAAUGUUACGAAAAUAAUUAGGUUAUUUUACUUUUUCUUUCAAUAAAAAAAAUCAGCUGAAUCGUUUUUCUGUCAACAAUCCAUGCUGCAUCUUUACUAUUAUUCACAGCAUAUGCUAGUUCAUACUGGUAUCUGGUAUCCACGUUUUCCCCUUGCAUGUCAUCUUUUUCUACCUCGGUGCCGAAGUCCAAAGAGAUAGGUUCUGUUUGCCAUGUAUACUGUAAAUAAAAGUUUGACCUUC